AUGCCUUCCAAAUUACGCAGAGAGUUAGACAUAUUAAACUAUACAAAUUCAAAUGUGAUAGAAAAUGUUGGUGUCAUUUUUUUACUGUUAAUUUUUGGAAUUACAACAUUUACUCUAACGUAUAUGACAUUAAUUUAUGUUGAAUCACAGGCUACCAUUCAAGUAAUGUAUAUUCAGAGUGAUAAACCAGCCGUAUUCGAAACCAGUCCAAAAUUUUUGAGUAUCGGAUUAGAUGCCAAAGUUAUUGCCAAUGGAUUUCAUAAAUUUAACAUGUCAGAUUCAAAAUUAAUUGCUAUGAUGAAAUAUUUGGGCCCAGCCUAUCUUAGGAUAGGAGGAAAUUUAGCAGAUAGAGUAUUAUUUUCACUUAGUAAUGAAAUAGAUGAGUACAGUGAAGAUUAUUAUGGAUACCAAUAUAUAGAAAACAAAAAUUUAGAUAUGCUGCCGAACAUUACUUUGAAGGCAUCUGACUGGCUAAAACUCAACAAACUUGCAAAUAAUACCAACAUGGAAAUAUUCUAUGGGCUUAAUGCUUUGCUGAGAUCUAGAAAUGGUACUUGGGACUCUAGAAAUGCAGAAACUAUGAUUAAAUUUUCUAACGACAAUAGAUUAAAAGUAAAUUGGGAGCUAGGAAACGAGCCUAACUCAUUUAGGCACAAAUUUAAUGAGGCAGUAAAUGCUACACAAUUGGCCAAAGAUUUUGCAACAUUAAGAAAAAUAUUAAACAAAUAUUCAAAUUAUAAAUACUCCCUCCUAGUUGGUCCGGAUGUAACGAGGCCCCAGCAUAAUCCAGAAAGUCAAAUAUACUUAGAAACAUUUAUUAAAACUGGUAGUGCUUCAAUAAAUAAAAUAACGUGGCAUCAAUACUACCUAAAUGGUCAUAACACAAGUACAAAAGAUUUUUUAGACCCUAAAGUCUAUGAUUUAUUAAGAUAUCAAAUUAAUAGAGUAAAAGAAAUAACAAACAGGACUGGAAAGGCUAUUUGGCUAGGGGAAACAUCUUCAGCUUAUGGUGGAGGAGCUCCACUGCUGUCUGAUAGGUUCAUCAGUACAUUUCUAUGGCUCGACAAGCUGGGAUUAGCAGCUAAAUUGGGUGUUGAAGUAGUUAUGAGGCAAUCUAUAUUUUAUGGAAAUUAUUCUUUGUUGGAUGAUGAUUAUAAUCCAAACCCUGAUUGGUGGAUUAGUAUCAUUUACAAGGCUUUUGUUGGGCAGAAAGUUAUACCUUUCUACAAUGUUACAACUGCAGGAGUUAGAUUAUAUGCCCAUUGUUCAACAGGUAGCGUUAGUAAGGGUGUAACGAUUUUUGGGUUUAAUGUUGAUAGGACUUAUGCCAAUGUAGAAAUAGAAGGACUUUUUAAUACAAACGGGCAGGUUCCUCAAUAUGCUCAAGAAUUUUUACUACAUACUGGAUAUUUGGACUCUAAAGAUGUGUUUUGUAAUGGAAAAGUUUUAAAAAUGUUACCUGGAAAUAGGCUGCCAAAUGUUUUUGGUGUUAAUAAGAAGAUUUCUCCUUACUUGUCAAUUCCUCCAUUUUCACUAGUAUUUUGGAUAAUACCAAAUGUUAAUGUCAAAGCGUGCUUAUAG